AACACAUGUUUUUUGUUAUGACUUUUGUUUUGAAAUUCAAUGAAUUGUUUAUUAAAUUAGUUUUGAUUACAAUUUGAUUACAAACUCAUACCACAAGACAUCACUCGUGAACCAGAAGAAUGGCAUCAAAUCCCACGUCUGUAUUGGUGUCCAUUAAGACAUUGCGUCCAGAAGUGGAUGACUAUUGGCUGUCAAUACCGGCGGUCUUGAAGACUAUCGAUGGUCUUAAACGACAGAUACUAACCAAUGAUUGCAUUGACAAAGACAUGGAUGACGUGCAGCUCUAUCUGUCCGGUGGUUUACUUCGCGGCCAUUCAUCUAUCGGUGAUGUCCUUCGAGAUAGAGAUCGCAUUGAAUUACGGGUCAAGUGUUUGAACAAAAAGCGGAUCAACUCUUCAGCCGACAGUACUUCUGGUCAUAAAAGGUGCAAAUGUUUAGUAAAUGAGUGCAAAACUGUUGUGGACUCGGAUGACGGGUCACUGAGUGGCGGAUCAGCUGUUCAGACAAUUGUUAAGACCGAAGGCAUAUCCGGGAAUCAAUUGAAUGAUUUUACUGGAAAUGCAGAGAUAAUGGCAAGGAUUUACAAAUGGGAACAAAUGAAACGUCAAUUACAAGACAAUAGAGAUGGCGAGUCUUCAAUAGAUUCCUCCACAUCUGUGGCCACUAUUUCGGGCACCAAAUCUUCUUCAGCGCCAAAAGUGUUCAUUAAAUCUGAGUUUAAACACAAAACAGACACUAAAAAUGCCGAUAAAUCAGUGAUCAAUGAAACUAAAGGGUCAGAAAAAGUGGUAAUAAAGAGUGAAACUAUUGGUUCCAAUGUCUGUCGGCCCGAUUUUACGGCCAGUAUAUCGUCGGCCACAGCAGUGGUCAGACAAUCGGGUGAUAACUGUCUUCAGCGGCCAUCGGGAAGCGAUCAGAGAGGGGGCAAACGGCUGCGCGUAUGCCGUGAACGCGACUGUGGCUACUGUGGCCCGACUGGAAACUUGUUUGAGUUUAAACAGCAUAUUCUGGUUCAUCGGAUCCCGUGUUACCUAUGUUUCGGUUUCACGUUUACGGGAACUCAACAACAUUUGGAGAGCCAUUACCGCCGAUUACAUCCCGACCACUACUCCAACAGACCAUUCAUUAAUGCUUAUAAAAAGUCUGACCAAUCAGUGAACAAUGAAUCCAAUGAUAGAGUGACAGAGAAUGUGGUGGUAUUAGAGAGUGAGUCCAAUGGUAUCAUUGACUUUGAGCGCAAUUCUACAGCCAGUAUAUCGUUGGCCACAGCAGUGGACACACAAUCGGGCGAUGAAUGUCAUACCAGAAGCGUUGCCACGAAUGCAAAGACACCCGAAGCCGGGCCCCAAUGGACGGAAGCACUGGUCGGUCGGGAGCGCAAACGGGUCGCGAACUUCACCUGUGGUCGCGUUGGAUGUGACUACAAGACCGAUAGUAGACAAGACUUUAAACAACAUAUGACAAUACAUUGGCGUAAAGUUAGGUCCUGUUGUGGACAGUAUUUCCGAUGGUCUAAACAGCUAAUCGCACACCAGUUUAAGUCACACCCGAAUGGCACCGAUUCUAUGGCCAGUAUAUCAUCGGCGGUCACAGCAGUGGCCACACAAGUGACUAAACCGGAUGCCUGGCAGCCGUGUGAUGGCCACAGGGUUGCAGAGCCAAUGAUCUUUGAGUGCUGUUCGCCCGGAUGUGAUUAUAAGACCGACAAUCGUCACCACUUUCUUCUCCAUAAGCAUGACAUUCACCACCAAUUUAUGUGUGAGUUCUGCGAUCGACAGUCAUUCAGAACGGCGUAUAGACUAGCGAAACAUCACCGCAGAGCACAUCCCAAUGAUUUCCCAGACAUACCAUGGAUUAAGUGCACUCAUGAGGGCUGUGUCUACCAAACUAAAGAUACCCUCCUUUUGCGUAAACAUAUUAAGAAAAGGCAUUAA